UGAUAAGGAACUCUUAAAUUCAGAACUGUAAACUCCACUCCUUCAAUUGCCUUUAAUUCGGCUUGACCUCUUGACCGCGACCGUGACCUCUUACGGAAUUCGUUAAAAAAUCUCUCCCCCUAACCUCAUCAACCUCAUCUCCUUUUGUUUUUGUUUCUCAUGAAUCGUUUCGGUCUCGGUCGCGACAAGCAAGCAAGCAAGACUCGCGAUGUUUUCGCGGCUCGCGGUUCCUGCGCGAUGCGCGUGGCGCGUUGGUAAUCUUGCGUAUCAGUAAUCACUGGCCCAUCCAGAAGUAGGCAGUGGGUUCUGUCCAUGUUCGUUCUACUCAAAUCGAACAAUACAAAAUUGGUGCGCGAUCGCGUGCGGUACUAUUUGUUCUUAUUAAAUUCGCUCUUGUGCUGUGCUGUGUCCACGAAUCCAUUGGAGUUCAAAAAUAGUUAAAUAGUGUCUGGCAACCAUGUCGAACCCUCGAAAGUUUAGUGAAAAGAUCGCCCUGCUUAACCAGAAGCAGGCGGAAGAGACGGCCGCUUUCGAGGCGAUCAUGAGGGAAGUCUCCGAUGUCACCUGCAGAGUAGCAUCGGCGAGCAGUUCGGUGGGUGCGAGCCCCACGGGUUCCGGGGUCCCGGAAGCCCCGCUGUCCGUCAAGAGUGCCGGCGCCAGCCCACCGCAAUCCAGCAGCAAGCAUCUUCACAUUAACCUUGGCAAUCAGUUCCGGCCCGGAGGCUCUCUACCAAAUGUUAACAACAAUGUCAACAUCAGCGCCGCUAAAGAUCCCUCGGCGACUUCCGCCGCUAUCCACUCGAUCGACCUUAAGACGGCACUUAGCAAUCUGGAAGAAAUGCAGCAAAAUGCAUUGUCCUAUCGAGGAAACGAAAGAGGAAGAAGCAUUGGAGGAGGCCCGGUGCGUUCCCGGCCGAUGGAGAAGAGACACGACACUUCACCUUAUAAUUAUUUAUCGCCACCUCCACCUGACACGUGGCGAAGGACCAAUUCGGAUUCUGCCCUGCACCAAAGCGCCAAUGAAGCCUGCCAAUCAUCGUCAUCCAUGCCUCAUCGUCGAGGUAGCGAUGCAUAUCAACACAUGAGUGGAGGUGGAAACGAAAACAGGGAAUCUCUUCACGGGUUCAUCGAACGACCAAGAUCUUCCUGUGAAGUACCGCCCAGGGUGCCUGGUAUCAACAUAUAUCCGAGUGCACAACCCCCAGGUCAGCAGAUUCCUAUAGGCAACAAUACAGGAUCGUUGCCCGACCUGAGUAACGUUCACUUUGCUUCACCUCUUCACACCCCUCUGGACCAAGAGGAACACUCGAGUGGUGGUUCACCAUACAGCAAUAACCAUUUAUCAGUGCCUGUUAACUCUAGGUAUCUUCCCACGUUUAAGGGCGUGGCGCUGGAAAACAGCGCAAGUACUUCACCACAGGAUCUUCAGACCUAUUCUCAACAACCACCUCCUCAGACUCAACAGACGACCCAGUGUCCAGGACAUUACAUUUAUCAACAAGCGCACAGCCCUAUAGCUCAGCCAACGAGUCCAAAAUCGUCGUCUCCACAACCUCAACAGGCCUCUCCGCUCAAUUCUUUGGGAUCUUACCGGACACCCCAGACAGUAAACAGGCCGUCACCUCAAUCAUCGCCUAGUCUUACCCUUCAAGGGAGCCCUUUGAGUUACAGCAAUAAUCCGUCGAACCCAUCGAGUCCAAUGAGUCAUCUUGCCCAAGGAAACUUAGCUAAUGAUAGCUUAGAUAACACCUACUACAUAAAUCAAGUUCACACUGAAUUCGAGCAGUUCAGCAUGCUGGAUUCCUCGCCGUCAGGGACGUCGACGACAAUGGGAACCUACAUUGGAUCUCCGAAUCACACUUCCAACUACUCUCAGAGUGAUCCUACUGAUGUUUAUCAAAACGUCACGGGCGACCUCGUCAGUGGAGAUCCUGGAUUUUUCAGCACGAGUUCGCUUCAGCAAUUGGGGUACCGGCCGAGGACACCCACGACGACUCAGCAAUUAACACCCCAAACGCCAAAUACACCUACAAUCACACUUACAGACUGCUCGUUGGGUACAGGGGACCUGAGCAAUUCGGACUUCACCAAGGACCUAGUGCCUUCGAUAGUGGAUUCCUUCAACGCAGAGAUGUUCAGCACGGAUGACUCUCUUCGACAGGAUCCUCUCAACGACCUCAGGCAUGAAAUCAGCCCUCUGGACAUUGAAGACCUUCAGACUCUUCAGAGGCUUGCAGACAGUCCCGACAUGGUUAUAUCAGACCCCAGCGCGGAAGCCCACUUUAGAUUUUGCUUUCUCUGAAAGAGAAACAUUUCAACGAUCAUUGGAAGCGGUAGUCUCGAGGAGAGAACCCCUCGUGAUAAACUGUUGAUUGAAGAUUACAUACUACAAAUCUUUAUUAGGUUUUUUUUUUCAUUUUAUACUACUUUGUAUAUUAUACCGUGUAUGAUCUCUAAGAAGCACAAAACAAAAUGUUUACUGAUUUAUACAUGCUUUUAUUGUACGCCGAUUCUAGUAAUUUUGAUCUACCAUUAGGUAAAUAUAAAUUAAGAUAGUAAUCUUAUAAAGACGUGAGUCAAUAUCGCAUAAAGACAGAUUCGAGGAGAGACAAGGGAAAUGCCUUUCGAAGGUUGCUUGUCAAAAACAGUUCAAUAAUAUUCAAAAUCGUUUCUCCAAUUUCUCGAUCUCAAAGACAAUGUCUCACAAUCUUCGAAAGUUUUCGGGACCUAAGAGAAGAGAAUUGCGUGCUUCGGGAGAGUCGACGAAAGGAAAUAAAAAAUAAAAAAAUAAUCUUGAAAAAUCACCGAAAAAAAGACAUUUUUAAAUUUAAGACAAGAAAUUUCGCGACCGAGAACGCAAAUCGUAUCAUCUCUUCGUGUAGGUAUUAUAUAUCGAUAUUCACCUUUUCCGGUUAAACAAUCACGCAUGUCUAACUCUUCUUUUUUGGAAUAGAAAGGUAGAGUUUGUCAAAUUUCGAGAAUCCAAGUCGUGACCCUAGUCGUGAAAGGGAUUCGGAGGAACAAAAGUCAAUAAAAUUCUCGAGAUUUUAGUACGUUCCUAGUGUAGCGAUUUCCCAUCUUAAAAAAAAGAUUUCUUCGUCUCUCACCGUAAGUGUGGCAAAUAGAGAAAGAGCAUAAUAGAGGAAGGGCAAAAUAGUGAAAGGGCAAAGUAUCUAGUUGAGCGCGUGUACCCUCCGCGGUUGUCAAUUGUUUUUUGAAAGUAAUACGCUGUACUUUGUAUAAUACCAUUACUAAUCGAUCGUGGAAUUUAGGAUAAUCGAUAAUCUGUGUGAAGGAAAAAAAAGUUUACAUCUGUACGCACUAUAAUCGUAUAUCUCUUAAUCGCCAAGAUUUCCAAUCAUAGGUAGAAACGUUGAAAAUACAAACCUCCCCUUUUUACUGCUGUUAAGCGAUUCUAACAUUUUUCACUCGCCGAGUGCAUCUGCGACUCUCUCAAGUUUUAGGAUUGUCGGUUCACUAAAAUCACCUCUAAUUAUGACAAAGAAAUGAACUUUUUUUUGCCUUGCUGCUUUCUUUUGAAGAUUGAACGAAUCUCAGACACGCUUAUAGGAAUCUCUCGAGAAUUAAGACUUGUACGAUGUAAGAAUGAAAUUCUAAACCGUCGACCAGUGCAGAUUUAUCGAUCGCUUUUGAUUUUACAACAAAAAGGGAGUAUAAAAAGAUUUGAGAACUUUGUAUUUUUUUGGAGAAACGAUAUUAUAUUUUAAUUUAGUUUUUUACAUUUGUAAAGCUUGUGUUGAAUUUACAGAUAGAUUUGUGUUUCUAGAAAUAUUUUGUUUCUUGUCAAAUUAUUUAUCAGAGGAUCAAAAAACUUUGGGCUUUAAGUUUUAAACGAAUUAUCGGUACUAUUAUUAUUCUUACUAGAUAAUUAUUUUAACCUUUUUUUAAUGAAUUCUUAAUUGUUUUACAAUGCACAGUUUAAUGAU